CCGGCCGGUGCUGUCGCGCGUGGAUGACGUCCGGCGCGCCGGCGGCGGGGCGGGGCGGCGGCGCCAUGCCGUGAGCGGCGGCGCCGUGUGCCGAGCCGAGCCGAGCCCAUCCCCGCGCGUUCCCUGGUCGUCCUCGCGGGCGGGCGCGUGCCAGCGCCCUCCGCCGGUGCCUGGCGCGAGCGGCGCCAUGUUCCGCCGGGCCCGCCUCACCGUGCGGCCUAACGUGCGGCCCGGCGGCAGGGGCGGCGGCGCGGCGGGCCCGGAGCCGCAGGGCAGCCCGGGCCCGGGCUCGGGCUCGGGCUCGCCGGCGGCCGCCAGCGCCGAGCCCGCGGCGGGAGCGGCGGCCGAGCCCCCGCCGGCCGGGCGGCGGGCCGAGAGAGAUGAAAAGACUGAUAGCUCAAAUGAUGCUGGAGAAGCUAGUAAACCUGCAGAGAUGCCCACGCAGAGAAGAAAACGGAUCUCCACUCUGCCCAAUCUUGCAAAACCCAGGGCUGGACCUUCAUCUGCACAACGUUCACCAAAACUACAGAGGCGAGCAUCUCAAGCUCUUGAUGGCAGUGCUUCACUUCAGAAGGAUUCCUCUCCAUCAGAAAAGACUAACGUUGAAAGUUCUCCAAAGUCUCCCAUACUACCCGAAAAGAAAACACCUGUGCCACAAGUGCCACAAUUCUCUCCAUUUAAAAAAUCAGCCAACAAAGAACAAAAUGCGAGUGUAGCUGCUCAGAAAAAUGAUGAUACCCUGCAGAAGAAUGUACCCUCCCCACUCAAGGAGAGACCAACGCAAGAAAGGUCGGUGACACAAGAGGAAAAGCUACUUACAAAACCUACUCCUGUAAAAGAGAAACGAAUGUGUUCUGACCGUGAAAGGAUCCUCAAAGCUCGGAAAUUAAGAGAAAUGCUUAAAGAAGAGCUGAAGAAAGAACGGAUGAAACAGUUGAAACACAGGCCUCCAGUAAUUGAAGGACGUUCUCCACCAGAUCGUUCUAAAAUGACUAUGAGAGACUUGAUAUACUAUCUGCCAGAAAACAAUCCUAUGAAGUCUUCACUGGCAGAAGAAAAGAGAACAGAAAAAAAUUCUGCACUGGGUCAGAUGAAAGAACAGGAAGAGAAAAGUACUCCUGAUCAUGAAGAGGAAGAUGAGGAGGAGGAAGCAGAGAAUGGGGAGGAGAGUCAGGAUGGUCCGCUUCUAGUUCCUCGAGUGAAGGUGGCAGAAGAUGGCUCAAUUAUUCUGGAUGAAGAAAGUUUAACUGUAGAAGUACUAAGGACAAAAGGUUCAUGUGUUGUAGAAGAAAAUGAUCCCAUCUUUGAACGUGGCUCUACAACUACAUAUUCCAGCUUUAGGAAAAGUUUUUACACAAAACCAUGGUCAAAUAAAGAGACAGACAUGUUCUUUUUAGCUAUCAGUAUGGUAGGAACAGACUUCUCCUUGAUUGGGCAGCUGUUUCCUCAUAGAGCCAGAGCAGAAAUUAAGAAUAAGUUCAAACGUGAGGAAAAAGCAAAUGGAUGGAGGAUAGACAAAGCUUUCAAAGAAAAGCGGCCCUUUGAUUUUGAGUUCUUUGCUCAGCUGCUUGAGAAGGUCUUGGCAGAUGAGGAGAAGAGGAAGCAAAAGACUGUUAAAAGCCAGAAGCCAAAAGAAAAGAGGCCAUCAAGGACUCGGAAGAAACCAAAAGCGAAAGCUGCCAGUGCAGAAGCUGCUGGUGAUCAAGAUAAUUCUCAGAAAGCCAGAAUUUCUGAUGUAGAAACAGAAGCAGAUGCUGUGACAGCUGAGAAGGAGAAUGAAGAAUCUUUGGGUGUUUCUGAACGGACAGAAGAACAGGUUGCAUCAGAGCCAGUGUUAGCAAAAAAGAAAAGAAAAAGAAGGAGAAAAGAUGACCUUGAACAGGAAGUAGAGAAUCUUCCAGAAGAGACGGCAGUCCCUUCAAAAACUGCUGUCGAAGGGAAAUCCUCUAAGAAAACAGGAAAAAGUUCAGUAUGUGGUACUGAUGAUCAAACUACUGGUGAUGGUCAUACUACCUCGGGAGAAGAACUGGACAGUGUUACUGAAGAAAAGCAAGAUCGGACUCCUGCUCUCGAGGAGGAGAGAUCAGAGUCCUGUUUACCAGUGGAUGGCAUAACUGAAAGUGAUCUCAAUUUAUACAGCUUUCAAGAUAGCAGUGAUAGUAUGCUAGAAACAGAAUCUGCUAAACUGAGAAUGCUAAAUAUCGGAGAUGAAGUACCACAGGAAAGCCAGCUUUCGAAGUUCCCAGUUUCAAAGAUUAAAAACAAGAAAAGACAGUCUGAAGAAACUACGGAAGCAAAGACCAAAGAUAUAUAUGACUUGUGUAAACCAGAUGAAAAGGAGAGUGCAUCAGAUAGUAAUUUUCAAACUGAAAAAACGGAAACUGAAAAGCCAGCACACAAAGAGUGCUUUCAAAGACCUAAACCCAAUUUAGCAAAAUCAUCUGGAAGGAGAGAAGCAGCAACCCAAGAAAAACUGGAGGCUGAGACUUCCCCUCCCCCUCCAAAGCUUGUGAAUGAAGCUGAAAAGUGCACUGUGGAAGACAGUGGAAGUAACAGAAGUGAAAUCACAGAAGGAGAGAACAUAGAUUUGGAGACUAAAUCUCGAGAACCUGGAAAAACUGUAAUUGCAAAGACAGUAAUUAGAGGAUGUCGACAGCGCUUUAAGCCGAACAUUACAAGAGCAUCUGGAAAGAAAGAAGAGCCUGAAAAAGAUGCAGGAAAAGAUAAAAUGUCCCAUCCAGAGCCUAAGGGAGAAAUUGAAAAGAAUACUGACCAAAGUAAUGGGUGUGAUACUACCAGUGGAGAAUCUGCCGGAAAACAUGAUGAAGUCUUGGAGACAAUGUCUCAGUCUAAUGAAACAGCUGGUUUACAAGAGGACAGCAAACAGACUGUGCUGAAACCAGCACCGCUAAAAAGAGGCCGAAUGCCAAGACCAAAACCUAAUAUAGGAAGAACUGCUGCAAGGCAUGAAGUCCAAACACAGAAAAAAGAUCCCGAAGAGGAGAAGGCUGAAUAUGGAAAAGUGGAAAAGGGUGUGACUCACCCUAGGAAUGAAAAAAAUGAUUCAUGCCUCAAAGAUGAUGUGAUGGAUUAUGAAGACACUCAGCCAUGCAUUGAGAUGUUAGAAGAAGAUGUCUCUGCAGAUUCUGAGAAGAUGGACUCAAUAUAUGCAAGCCAGUGUUCCCCAAAAAAGUCUUCAGAAGCUGAAAGCUGUGAAUGUAAAAAGGAAUAUUCAGAUGUCUUGAAUGAUGUUUCAGAUUUCAAUACAGAGAAAUCUGGUCCUCAGAACCAAGAUGAGAAAACCAUUGUUUCAUCAGCUCGGCUAUUGAGGAAUCGAUUCCAGAGACCAAAGCCAAAUUUAGGAAAGAUAACUGUUACAAAGGAUGUGCUAGAUGUAAAUAAAGGUGUAUCACAGACUGAUACCAAUAAGGAAGAAAGUUUGACGCAGUGUGACGAUGAAUGUAGCACCCUUCUCGAUGUAGAUAAAACAGAAAAAUAUGAAGUCCUGCAGUCAUUAGAACCCUUGGGAAAGGAAAACUCUCAUGGCUCUCAAGAAGCUUCUGGAAGGCCAAGUUGUCAGUCCCCAGAGAUGCUUUCAAGAUCAGAAGAUGGUGAACUUGAGUCUUGUCCACCUGUAGAUAACCAAGAAGAAAUGUCAGCUACUGAUGCAAGGCUUGACAGCAAAAAUACUACCCAAGAAGAAAGCAAACCAACUUCUCUUCAACCUGUACAGUUAGGGAGGGGCCGAUUCCAGAGGCACAAGCCAAACUUAAGAAGGACUGUGGGAAGGAAGGAAUUACAAACAGAAAAAAAUAAGUCGGAUGAAAAACCUCAAGCAGAGCAGCUGGUAUUGCAAAAAGAUGAAUUGGCCAAUGCUGUGUCUGUUGUCGGUGAAAAUGAAGUUACAUUGCGUCAAGCUGAUGUGUUGAGUGAUGAGGAACAGGCACAGCAAGAGGAGCCUCAAGUGCCCCAUAUUUCUGAAAAUGCAUUGUGUAAACAGAGCAGUGCUGAAAAAUCCGUUUCCCCAGAAGGCAAGCUGGUUGCCCUCAAACCAGCACAACUCUUAAGGAAUCGAUUUCAGAGGGCUAGACCAAACCUAGGAAGAGCAUGUAGCAAAAAAGAAUCUCCAGUGGUGCAAAAACUUGCUGCUCCAGUUGAAGAAGAAGCAGAAAAAGGAGAGAGUCUCCCUGUAGUAGAAGAGUCUGAGGAACCUCUUUCCUCAAAAGAUGACAUGGAAGUAUUGCUGUCUGUGGGGAAUUCAGCUAAGAAUGACAGUCCAGAGACAAAUACAAGAAGUAUGAAGUCAGAAAUACUCUGUUCCCCUGAAAAAUCACCACUCUCUCGCAAGAGAGAGCAAAAAGAGUGUCCGUCUACAGAGGCUGUAGAAAGCAUUCAGGAUACCACAGAGAGGUCUGGUGAUAAAUUAAGUUCUGGAGAAAAAAGUAAAUCAAAUGAUACAAAACCUUUGCAUCAAGUGAGGGACCCCCUCUGGAAGCCAAGGUCAAACCUAAUGAGAGUUACUAGAAAGAGAGAUCAUUCUGAAGAAAGUAGAAACAGAAAUGAAGAUGACACUGAAAUUAGAAAUGCAGAAGAGUGUUUGAUGUCAGAAAGAACAGAUGUAUCAAUGCAAAACUCUACUAACUUAGUGGAAGCUGCAUCCUUCUCAGAGGCUACAAGAAAACAUCGUUUUACAGACUCUGAAGAAACAUCCUGUAAAAGAAUCAGGCAAGAAAGUAAAUUCCAGUCUCCAGAGAUUUCAUCAGAGAGUGAGAGUCAAGAAGAAGAUUUUCAGCCUUCUGCUUCUCAGGAGAAAAUGUCAGGUGAUCUCACAAGAAGGCAGUCUAGAAGAUCAUCAAAACGGAUAGCCUCAAAACGGGUCUUGGAGCUAAGAACUGCUUCUUCUUCUGCCUCUGAAUGUGAGCCUGAUCGCAAUGAAAAGGGGAAUCAAAGACAAAAAAUUAAACUGAGUAUUACUAAAGGCAAAAGUCUGAAAUCUGCUCGUAGAAGGAAAUCUGGGAAAGAGCACAGAAGUUCAAAGACAACCUUGGUGACUCUCCGGGCUUCGCAAGAGGAGGAUGAGGAUGAGGAUGAGGCUGAUGAUUUUGAGCCAGAUGAUGAAGAUCAAUGUUUUGCACCAGAGGAAGUAAACAAAGCUCCCGUGUUUGUUCCUGUAGGUCUUCGAUCUCCAAAACCUGUUCCUGUUCAGAUAGAGGAAACCAUGGAGGAGCUGGAAAUAUCUGCAAGUGUCCCAGAUGUGCAGGUGGUUACUGAUGUUGAAAGUCUGUCUCAUGCAUCUGUCCAGCCAGUGAUGCAGAGGGAGGAAAAUGUGAACACCUCACCAGCUGAAGCAAACAUUCCUGAAAAUCCAGAGGAGGACAAAGGAAUUAAUGAUGGAAGCACGGAAGCUGCCAUGACUUUACUUGCAAUGGGUGAUCCAACGUUCCAGUUAAAAAUAAACACUGAAGGACGGACACAGUUGUUACCUGCUCAAGAUGAUUUACACAUGGCCAAUAACCUUGUGACCCAUGCUUAUUCAGAACAAAGUGUAAUUUCUUGUCAGUAUUUACUCUCUUCACCUACUUCUAACAAGGAACUGUUUCCUUCUGAGGAUGGAAAGAACGUUAAUCUAGAGCAGCAAAGCACUGGCACAGGAACAGGUGGUGAAGAAUAUUUUGAGAAAAAUGCUACAGAAACCAGUGAUAGCUCUGUGCCUGUGGUGAACAGUACAGGACUGACAAGAGGUAGACUCCUGAAGCCUGAGCCAGACUUUGGAGAAGUGAGGUCAAAUAAGAACAUUAUUCAGAAGCCUGUUAAUAGAAAUGUACUUGUGGAAGAACUAGAGCAAGUUCAAAGUGAGGCCACAGUUCUGAGUGGUACUGCAGAAAUGCAGAAGGUAGAACUAGAACAGGUCAGACCAGCUGUGGAUGAUUCUUUGGAUCUUCAUGAUUUUGCAACUGGAAGUACAGAACUUGUCAAGCAAGUAGACAGAACAGAGAGAACAGAAAAAGAGAUGAGAAAUGCUUGUGGAACUUCAGGGGAACUAAAAACUGUAACUGCAUCACCAAAACCUGAGGCUUCUGAAGUGGGACAAGAGCUUUAUCCAAACCAAAGUCCUGUGAAUGGACUUCCUGAGCAAAAUCCUAGUCCUGCUGAGCACAGUCUAUAUACAUUGAACAUGACUCAGAAUGAAGCAUGUGUUCAGGAUUUUCAACAACAAUAUAUAAGCAGCACAGAAGAGACUUCAGUAGUGAGUGAUGAUCAUAGUAGAUGUCCAGAGGAGGAACAGACAUUCAUUUUAACAUUGGUGGAAAUCCCAGCUGACUCAAGAGAAUAUGAUGAUGCAUCUGCUUUGCUGGAACAAACUUCAGAACCAUUGCUGCCAGCCCCGAUACUCAUCAGCCCAAUCAAUGCAAGUGGAAUGAGCGUGACUGGAGUGGAGAGCAUUGGAUCCUUAACAACUGCAGUUGAUGAACUUGCUGCAUCUUUAGAUGGCAAUGUGGAAACCAAACAACUACAGAGUGCAUCAGUAGAGCCCAUUCCAAAUUUGGUGCAGACAACUCAGAAAAGGUCAGCUGCUGAGCUUGAAGAGAAUGAUUUUCCUCCUGCCAAGAAAACCCUAUCUACUUUAGCAGAAGGUAGCUUGGAAAGCACUUAUAAGGAUUAUUCAACUAAAUCCACGAAUUCUCCAAGGAGAGCUGCUGGGAAUUUUCUUGAAAAAGCAGGAGCUUCAGUAAAGAAAAAGGUACCUACUUCUGCGUUUGUGUCCGAGUCUGCAUCACUGCUAGUUGAAAGCGGCCAAUCUGAGACUUUGCAGAAUUCAGGGACAGCAUCACUUGGGAAUUCAGCAUCCAAAAAGGAAGAGGAAGUGAUAUCUAGGCUAACCUCCGAGAGAGAAGCAGAAAUAAGUGGUCAAAGAAAACUGGUGGAUGUGCAUGAAUCUGGACAGUUGGAACACACUGGAAGCAUAGCUGCAUCUUCAAAAACUCCAUUACUCAGGGGUGGUCGAAAACCAUUGGGAUUUCUAUCUUUAAUUUGCAAAAAAAGUAGUUCGGAAUCUGCAGAGGAUACCAAAGGGAAUAGAGGGAAGAUCCAGAAACCUCGGAUAGUGACCCCAAAACGAAGUCUUAAAAAACCUACUCUGUCCAAUGAGGAUGGUAGGGAAUCCUGUUCCCUUCCCUCUACAAGCACAUCGUCAUCUGUGGAGUGUGAGAACGUAGCAGCUGAUGCUGCAGUUAAGGUUCCCAGUAAUGAGCGAUCUGAGAAGCCAUCCCUUUGUGCUAAAGAUCAAGAGAAGGAAGAAGAGCCAACCAGGAUCUCUGAGUAUUUUUUCAGUGACAUCUUUAUGGAAGUGGAUGAUUCAGAAUAGCAAAAUGGCUUUUUAAAAUCCUGGAUCCAAAAGUGUAAUGCAACAACAAAACAGUAUUUAGAAAAGUUCUUAUUUGUUCUACCAUUAUGUCAAACUUAUUAUCAACCAAGCUGUUGUUAUACGCUUUGGUAAAGAUGAAAUUCCCUCGGAAGCGACCUGGAUGUUUUAAAAAUGUUGACAUAACCUAAACCACUACAUUGAUGUCAUUGGACCAGAGCAGCUGGCUUAUGUUUUGACUCAUUUGGAUGCUGCUAGUGGGCGCAUGAUUAUCUUCCAGAAAAGUGCAAUGAAUAAAUGCUUAUUCUUGUGACAGUAUCCCUUUGAAUCAUAAUGCUAAAGCUUGUGAUACUGGUUUUACAAGUUCUUUGCUUCUUUUUGUGAAGUACUCUGUUAGAAGGAGGAAUGAACUUUUUAUAUAUAGUGUAAUUCUAUAGAUCAAGAAGGAAAUUCUGCAAGUAUGGUCUAGUAAAUACAUAGAUAGCUAUGUUCAUUAUUGCCACCUAUUUUUAUUGGCAUCUCCAAAUUACGUAUUUUUGUAAUUAAGAAGUCUCACAUAAAUUGAAAGAGCCUAACUUGAAAAGCCAAAUGGUUUUAACUCUUUAAAAAUGUAUAGAGAGAAACAUGGAAAACACGUAUUUAAUUUCUUAAAGGAUGCUGUACUAAGUUAAUCCUUCCAACUAUCCUGCUUGAGGGGGAGGAAGAGAUUAACAUUUCCCAAUCUAAAUACCAAUUUCCUUCUAAAUUAGAUACCUUGAAAACAAGGGACUAAAUGCCAUUUCUGUUCCUUGGUAUUAUAUGUAGGUGUAUAUGUCUCUACUGACUUCCGGAGAGUUCCACUUGUGUGAAGUAGCACAAACAGAGCUGUAUCUAAUCCUUGACCAUAAAAUGAGGAUGCUUUGACAAUUUAUGGCUUUGAAGCAGUUAAGUUUGAAUAGUUUUCUGUAUGUUUCAUGUCCACCUGUACUGUAACUUACUAUAAAAUUCUGGUGUAGCUUUAGAUUUUAGUCCAAUUUUUCACUUGCAUAGUAAGAAGAUUCCCUUGAUGAGAUAAUAAAGUUCAUGCAGUCUAAAAGUCAGGUGGUCAUUGAAAGAUUGAAUAUACAUUCUCAAACUCUUUAUUACCUGAAGUAAGUGUAUAGAUUUAAGAAGUCUAAAUUUUUUUCCUGUUGCUUAAUACCAGCAGAUAUUUUUGCAAAAAAGUGGUCUGUUAUGAAAGAGAAACUGAUGUUUAAAUCGUAUUGUUGUGCUCUCCAGAAACCUAUCCUCAGUUUCAGACUGGAAGGUGAUUUUAGUGGUAAAUAUUUUCAUAUAAGUAUCUAGUUAAUAUUGAAAUAGUUGAUGAAGCUUGAGUGUGUUUGCCUUUUCAGAAAUUAUUGGCAAGGCUUCUAAAGAAGCCUUUAAAACUUUGUCAGUAAGGGAAAAAUGCACAGAAAAGCUACUAUAAAUUAGUACAGUAGGAGGCCUCUGUCAACCAAAUGUCACAAGCAGCUGUAUUUUCUUGAGAUAAUGAAAGAGGGACUAAAAAUCCCAGAAUAAAGUAACUUACUUGAAAACAUACUGUCAGAAAAACCCAACAACAAAAGUUUCUGUUCAGACAGUAUCUCGUGUUCUGCCUAUUCCAUUUAACUUGAAAUGUUUAUCUAAGUAUCAUCUUACUGUAAACAUUAUGAAAUAGAUUAAUGUAUACAUAAAGCUUCUUGUAUUGUGUAUCUUGUAGAUACCAUUUCAUGUAUGUAAGCGUUUAUUUCCUGUUACAUGUGGCAUGUUUAAGUCACUUGCACUGAUAUAGUCUGAAGAUUUGAGGGGGGAGAAGGCUAUAAACUAAUGUGCCCUAAGUACUUUCUAAGCUGAUAGCCAUUCUACAUUUAGUUGCAUACCUUUUAGCUUGCAUUCAAAUUACAAGGCAAAAAUAAGAAUUAUUUCAUAACUAAGAUUUAAGGUGCCUUAUCUGUCCUGUUAAUUGGGGCUACUCUUCCCUCCCCUCCUUGCUCCCCCUCCCCCCUCCUGACAGCAAACCACGUGCACUUUGUUAUAGGACACUCUUCUUUUUUAAAAAACAAAACAAAACAAAAAAAAUUAUUUUGAACAGAGAUAAGACAACUUGUGUUCUGUUUGGAUAUGGAAGCUUUAUAACGGUGAAGGAUGGGAGAAAAGAAUUGUGAAAUCGCAAUGCUUAUUAGUUUAUUUUUUUUUAAUUGAAGAUAUGGCACAGGACUGCUUUGCUUAAAGAGUUGUCUGACAUGUAUAAUCAUGUGUAAGCUUUCUGUUUCAAAGAGAGCAGUCAUAUUCUAUAUGUAAAUUAUGUGAAUAAAUUAUUUUAUAUUA